ACCGACUGACCGAAUUUUUUUUUUAUUUUCCACGUACUCCUGGAAAUCUGCUUAUCAGCGGCGACAGUUUGGCAACGUAUUGCAUUUUGCAUUAUUUACAAUCGGCCUCUCGGGUUUGUUUCUCGACUCGUUUGUGCAGCUCUAAUAGCCCAUAGUCGGCGGCGAUAAGAUAAUAUAAUAUUAAAUCGUCCAGUCGCCCCGCAACGAGCCACCGAGAAUCGCUCGAAAUCGAUACCUAUUAUAAUUAACGUUUUGCCGAGACUUGACGCCAAAAACCCAAAACGCGUCAUUUCGCCAAGUCCCGAGCAUUUGACGCCCCGCCGGCGGCCGACGGUUGACACACUCCACACUGAAUAGCGUUUCUCUUUCUCCGACAGACCAGAGGGACGACGAGCGCGCGCACCGCACCGCCCACACCGCUCCACGACCGCGCACGCACGCACAGCUACACGGAGUGCGGACACACACGAGUCCAACACGACACAGUCGACACACCACACACAGUUCGAGUGCCCGACAGCCGUCUGUCCGUCGCAGUCGGUGUAUUCGCUCGCAAACGCCUGAUCGUGCCGACCUCGUCGCCGGACGAAAGAUGCUCAUCAAAGAGUUCCGUGUGGUACUACCCUUAACAGUUGAAGAGUAUCAAAUUGCUCAACUGUACUCUGUAGCCGAAGCCAGUAAAAACGAAACUGGUGGUGGAGAAGGUAUUGAAGUGUUGAAAAAUGAACCAUUUACCAAUUAUCCCCUUUUGGGUGGAAAAUAUUCAGAAGGACAGUAUACUUAUAAAAUUUAUCACUUGGCCAGCAAAGUACCUGGAAUGAUAAAACUUUUGGCACCUAAAGGAGCAUUAGAAGUUCACGAAGAAGCAUGGAAUGCUUACCCUUACUGCCGAACCGUGAUUACAAAUCCAAAUUAUAUGAAAGAAAAUUUCAGUAUAGUCAUUGAGUCGUAUCAUAUUGCUGAUAGAGGUACACAAGAAAACGUUCAUGAAUUAUCUCCUGAAAAACUAAAACAACGAGAAGUACAAAUAAUUGAUAUUGGUAAUGACCCUAUUUCAUCUUCAGAUUACAAAGAAGAUGAAGAUCCUAAAAAAUUUAAAAGUCAAAAGUCUGGAAGAGGUCCUCUUCAAGGAAAUUGGAUUGAAACAGCAAAUCCAGUUAUGACUUGUUAUAAAUUGGUAUCUGCAGAUUUCAAAUGGUUUGGGCUACAAACCCGUGUAGAAAACUUAAUUCAAAAGUCAGAACGUCGCCUGUUCACCAACUUCCAUAGACAAGUAUUUUGUUGGAUGGAUCGUUGGCAUGGGCUUACGUUACAAGAUAUUCGUGAAAUUGAAGAAAAAACUCGAGAAGUAUUAGACAAACAACGGAAUGAAGGAACUGUUAGAGGAAUGAAAGCAGAUGCUGAUUAAAACAUUUUUGAAAGUUAAACAAACCAAUCCAAAUGCCUGAAAUCGUUCUGAAAAUUAAACCAUAUUUAUUCUAACACCAACCAAAUUGAAUAAAAACAAAAUAAUACCAGAUCUAGUAAUUUUUAUCACUUAGUCUAAUUUUAACUAAAAUUUUACAAACUAUAUUAUACAUUUUAUUCUAAAAUAACAUUCUUACUACAAAUAUACUCUAAAUUGUCACAAUAUUCUUAGGGAAAUUAGCUAUUUUUAAAAGUACUACAGUUAUAGGUACUUACCAACAUUUAUUUUUAAAAAUGAUUAUUAAUUUUUGAUAAUCUAUUGAUUUAUAGAAAGCCAAGUCAUUCCACUUUCUAUUUAUUUUGUUAUCCGUUCUUCCUCUUGUGUUUUUACUUAAUAAUUGGUAAUUGGAUUCACAGUGUUUGUGAAUAUUCAUGGUGAUUGUAUACAAGUAAUCAUAGUCAAAAUCAAUUUUUUAGUUGUCAAAAUGAUUAUUAAUUAUUUUAACAAAUAUAUAUUUGUUAAAUCAAAAAAAAAAAAAAUGUUACAAAAUUCGGUGAUUUAAAAUUUAAUUAAGUUUUAAUUUUAUGGUUACCAUGUUAAAAAAAUAUAUUUAAGCAAUACACAUGUCCGUGUACAAACAAUAUUGUAAUACCCAUUUCGAUUUUAAUAAUUUUCAAUAUUAAUAGUUAAUUCACUAAAAUGUUUAGUAAACUUGACAAUAAUAGCAUUACAUAAAUGCAUUAAUUAUUUGAAAAUGUAUUAAAUAAUAAUUGUUGAACAUUAGACUAGUGAAUUUCCAUGUCAUUGAAGUACAAAUUGCAGUGAUGUAGUGUAUACUGAUUUUUUCAAUAGUGCUAACUGGAUUUGUACGUAUUUUACUAUUUGUUGGCUAUAAUAUAUAAUGAAUAGUUUUUUCCCCAAUUUAAAAUUAACUUACCAAUAGUAAUCUAGUGUAAUGUAAAAAAAAGAAACUAAAUAGUUUGAAUCAAUUUUUUAAUCGUUAAAUUUUUUUUAUCUGAGAAUACUCGUAAUACAUUGUUUUAACAUGUUAUUUAUUUCACCAAGUAUUACCAAAAUGUAUUACAAGUAAAUUUCAGUUGUACAUUGUAUAAUUAUUCAUAAUAGUUUCUCUAUAUUGUAAUAUUAUUACCAUUUAAGUUGCAUUUAUAUGUCUUUGUAUUCACAAUUUUGAUAGAUGUGAAGUUUGCAUAUAAUACAUUUUGUUUUUCUUGCAAAGUAACCAUAUGUCAUAAAUUAUAAAUGUAAAUAGCCAUUAAUGAAAUGUGAGUUGCUUAUGAGUCAUGACACAUUUUAUUGAUAAUAAAUUUUAAAACAAAAAAUUAUUCUAUGACUAUUUUCUAUAGGACUGUAGUUUAUUCAAUAUAUUAUUAUUAAACACUGUUGUUGAUCGUUUUAAAGUCUAAAUUUGUUCAAAUUUCUGUUUGAAAUCUGUGAAAAUAUAAAAUGUAAUAUAUAUAUAUAUAUAUCUUGAAUAAUUAUAUGAAUAUUAAACAUAAAAAUAUUAUAUUGAGUCAAAGUCGAAAGUUUUCAAUCUAAAUACAUAUACACACAAAAACACAUUAAUAAUUUAUAUAUUGAUUAUCUUAUUACAUUAAAAUAUGUUAAAUGUUUUAAAUUUCUUUAUAAUAUAUAGAUAUCACGUUAUGUAUACAUUGUAGUAGUUUAUGUUUUUAAAACUAAAUUAAACGUUUAUCUGUCAGACAAACUAUUAUAUAAUAAUAAUAAUAAUAUAUUGUUUAUUUAUGGGGUAUAUUAAUUUAGUACUUUGUUGGAUAUGAGUAGCUGUAUAAUAGAUGAUUUUUAAAAACAAGUUAAGAAAAUAACAAUUAUUAAUUAUCAUUAUUUCAUAUUAAUUGCAUAAAACAUAUUAUUAUUAUUAUUAUUUAAUUUUUUGAUCAAAAGAGAAUAAAAUAUAAUUAUUAUAAUAUUAUGUUAUGACUUAUCAUAAAAUACUUAACGUUUAUGAUAAGUGCGUUCUGCAGUUAUAUUUGUUAGACGUUAUUAGAUAACUCGUUACAGUAUUUUUAGGCAAUAAAAAUUGGUUAUUUAAAUAUUUAAACCUUGCUGUGUUAGUUUAAAAACAAAAUCAUAUAUUAUAUACUUGUAUACCUAUCACAACAUAAUUUAAUUGUUGAACUUUUUUCUAGACUUGUAGCCUUCAAUUUAUGUAUCAUGAUGGUUAAAAAAUAUUUUUAUAAACCCAAAUAGUACCCAAUUUACAGCUAUAUGUUCAUGGACUCGUGUUUAACGAUACCUUACGCAUAUGAGACUUGUUAUAUUAUUUGUUGUGCUUUUAGAUUUGGUAUUAAAUAAUAUUUAAAUGCAGAUAAUAAAUCUUUAAACUUUGAA